ACCUUUUGCUAUCCACUUUUUAUACAGCUGAGGAACUCUGCUACCUUGUCAUGCAAACCAGAGUGAUUUCAGGAUGCCUGGUCUAGCUAAGCAUGGCAAUGAGGACAAGCACUCCUCUUCAAAGAAAGAAGAUUGUGAUCUGGAAAAGACAAUGGACAAGAUUGUUGAGGAUUCUAAGUCUGCUUUGGCCACCUUUCUACAGGAUGUCCAUGGAUCUUCUCCCAUGAAGCAGAUUCUCAUUGGAACUGGCACUGGAUGUGCAUCAGGGUACAUGGUGAUGCGCAUGGGGAAGCUUGCAGCCUUUGCCAUCGGCGGGACAACCCUUGUGCUGCUGGUUGCAUCACAGAAAGGGUACAUCCAUGUCAAUUGGAAGCAGGUCACAGAUGCAGUGUCGGACACUAUUCGCAAUGGAGCCACCAGCAUUCCCCGCGAGACCACCAUCACCCGCAAGAUAACGAAGUUUGCGGGAGAGAACAUGCUGCUUACAGUGGGUUUUUUGGGUGGGUUCUUCCUUGGAAUGUCAUUCUCCUAAAACUGUCAACAUUCAGUUGUUUCCCUUCCUUUGCACCACCCCUCAUUCACACGACGACAGAGGAACCAAGUCUUCUAGUCAUACAUUUGGAUCUUCCUGGUUUUUGAACAUUUCAUCCUUGGUAGUCUGUGUUUUUCAAAUAAACUUGCAUGCUGAUGGACAUCAA